UUUUCUAAGCGAUCAAUAGAAUUAUAAAUUAAUGUCUAACCUUCUCCCUAACCUCUUCGGUAACUGCUGAGCAGAUAAACAAGAACAUGUAGAAGAAGAUGCAGACAUGGAGCAGGAGUUUAUCAGUCACAUUCCUAAGCACAAAGAGCCCAACAACAAAAUUUAUCAGAUGCGUAAGAAAAAGUUGCCCAAGAAAGACAGCAAACAAGUGUUCGACCACACUUGCGAAGAUUCGUCUUCCUUGAAGGUAACAAGGCCUGCCUUUGGAACCUUCAUAAAACGUAGCCUCAAUAGUGGAGUGUCUGAAAACAAGAUGUCUUCAAGCCAAACCAGCCGUUACGAGUGGUCAGAAACCACAAAAGGGGCAACAGGAGAGGUCAACCCGAACGAAAACUUGCCUAAGAGGUUUCUCACAAUCGAAGAAGACAAGAACGAUAACAGCUCAGAGUUGUCAAGGGAGUUGAUCGCUACCCAUCAAGCUUCCAAUAAUGAGAGCCAGAUCAGUGGUCAAUUAAGUUCUCUUGAAGCAAAAUUAGCAGAAUUCAGAGUGGACUCCAUGAAAUCACAGCAAGAACUCAGAAAUCUCAUGCUGAAAAACCAUUAUACUACUUCAAAGAGGAUCAGUGUUCUUGAAAACAAAAUAGACAAACUCGAUUCUAAAGUCGGCCAGUCAUUUGCAAGGCAUCAGAGUCAGAACCCUAGUUCUGAAGUGCCAGCGAGGUCAGGCCCGACAGAAAGCUCUGAACAGUCAAGUUCACAGAAUAAUGCCAUCGAAGAGUCCAAGUCUCAGAUGCAAGACUAUGAGCCACUUCAAGAUAAUGACGAUCUGUCUGACUGCAUGGAGGCUAGACCCAGCAGGCUUAGACCCAGUUGAGUGUCUCAGGGAUUAUCUCAACAGGACCACUUCAACAAACCCUCUGAGGACGAAGAUGACCAGAUCCCAGACUGGAAUGCCUACCAGAGCAUCAACACUCCUAGCGUAUCUAUCAGCGAAGCGAACGAGUCAGCUCCAAGCAGAAAGUAUUUCUGAUACAGGGACGAGUUUCAUAAAUCUGGCUCUGAAGAAUAA